GGCAGAACCAAGGAUCCAUUCCGUACACAUCUAUGCAAACAAUUCAUUGGUGUUAUGUCAAAUCGCUUGCUCAAACGCAUCUCAUGUGUGCUCAGGAGGUCGUUCUAUCAGUUUUCCACUAUUUCGUCAUACGGUGGCGUUGAAAGGAGCACACCUUGUGAAAUUUUGCGCCAGCAAAAUGAGAGCAUUGAUAUCAAGUACCCUGACCUUCCCGAAUCAGAGCGGUUUCAUCGAAAAUACGCCAAUUUGGAAGAAAUCGCCAAAACUGCUCCUGUGAUGAAGUCUGUUCCCGUUGACGCGAUAUUUGCAAACCGAGAAGUCAGACUUAGCGAGUUGGAUGUUUAUGGCUUCGAUUACGACUAUACCCUUGUGAAUUACACAAACGACCUUGCUGAUUUUAUCUUUGAUAAGACUAUUGACCUUCUUGUCUCGAAAUGGAAGUAUCCAAGUGAACUUCAGGAGGUGAAAUAUGAUCCCUCUUUCCUUAUUCGAGGACUGCAUUAUGACAUAAAAAAGGGCUUUAUAAUGAAAGUAGAUGCAUACCGGAACAUUCAGCCUGGAACCGUAUACAAAGGGUUAAAACCAGUUCCCGCUGAGGUAGUUCAGUCGAACUACAAUGGACUCUAUAUCCCCGCUGGUUUACUCAGAGGUUCUGAUUACACGAAGGAUCAUAAGAUGACACAGAUGAUGGAUUUCUUUGAUCUCCCUGCUGCUUAUGCCGUUUGCUCGGUGAUUGAGCACUUUGAAAAGUCUGGUAUUAACUAUCAACCUGAGUGUAUUUACACGGAUGUGAGGGAAGCCGUGGAACUUAUUCACAGAUCAGGAAUGCUUCACAGUACCAUAUGCGACGACUUAGAACGCUACGUAAAACCGAAUGCGGAAAUACGCCAUCUACUGGUGCAUCUUGCUUCGCAUGCAAAGAGCCUCUUCCUUAUUUCCAACAGCGGAGCUGAUUUCAUAACCAAAGGCAUGCGGUACGUGGUUGGAAGGGAGUGGGAGCGAUUCUUCGAUGUCAUCAUUGUAAAGGCAAACAAACCCGACUUCUUUCGCUCCAAUUCGGCUCCAUUUCGUGCUAUCGAUGAGACUGGAGCAUUCAAGAGUUGGGAGGGCGUUACCAAACUUGAACGAGGUCAAUUUUACCGCGGGGGCAAUCUCAAUUUGCUGAAGGAGUUGAAAGGUUGGCAGUUACAACGCGUCCUCUACUUCGGUGAUCAUGUCUACUCCGAUCUUGCGGACGCCUCCAACCAAUGGGGAUGGGCAGCAGCGGCAGUCAUUCCAGAGCUGGAAAAUGAGCUCAGUUUGGCUAAUACAGAGGAUUACCAAAAAAAUCUUCAUCGCUUGGUGUUGUUGGAGGAACUGAUUAUCGAAAAUCAAUACUGCAAGACAGCGGUGGGUCAGACCGUGCUCACGUCCUGGUGCAAGGAGCGGGAUUAUCUGCGACAAAUCUCCAAGGCUUGUUUCAACCCUCGUUUCGGCAGUGUAUUUCGAUGCUUCCACAACUACUCCUACUUUGCACAACGUCUUGGCCUUUACGCAUCGAUGUACACGUCAUCCGUGACAAACCUUCUCCACCAUCCUAUCAACCAUAUCUGCUAUCCACGAAGAGCCCUUCUGCCACAUGAACCGCAUUAG